AUGAGUGGGCAAGCAGCUAGCUAUUACGACCCUAAUCAGGGCUUCGCCCAGGAACAGGGGAAGGGGAAGCCUGACAACCAUAACCGUGACUUGGAACAACGCGGCAAUGGCUACCAGCCACAGCAAGUUGCGUCCGAGGCCAAAUCGCCAGGGCCUCCAGAAUACCCUGACCACCCUCCGCCGCCGUACAGUACUUUUGAUGAGGCGUUCAAGAUUGAAAAACCAAAGUGGAACGAUAUUUGGGCAGGUCUUUUGUUAAUCGCCGUGUUUUUGGGCUAUGUCGCAGUGUCCGGCUAUACCAUUCAUUCGUAUGCAGUCAAUAAGGGCUUCAAUGGGGGUGGUAUCUAUGACUCGUCUAACGACUUCUCGCUCGACACCAACACCCUGGUUCUCUUCAUCUUUGUGCUCUGUGUUGCCCUUGUUUUCUCAUGGCUGUACUUCCUCGGCGCACGAUACUUCACCAAAACCUUCAUCUGGGCCACGGGCAUUCUGAACAUUGUCUUCGCACUCGCAACGGGCAUCUACUAUAUCGCAAAGAAGCAGUAUGGAGGCGGAAUAGUGUUUCUGGUCUUCGGAGUCUUCGCCAUCAUUUGCUUCAUUAGCUGGAUCCCACGCAUCCCAUUCACGGCUUUUAUGUUGCAGACCACCAUGGACGUGGCGCGCAACUAUGGACACGUCUUCCUGGUCAGUGCUUUGGGUGGUAUCGUCACCGUGGCUUUCUCGGCUUGGUUCUCGGUGACUCUAGUCGCGAUUUAUGUCAAGUUUGAGCCGGAUUCCUCGGGGACGAAUCCGUCAUGCGCGAAUGGCGGCUGUAGUCGCGCCAAGGUGAUUGGGCUUGUCGUGUACGUGACUUUUGCCAUGUACUGGUUCAGCGAGUGGAUCAAGAACACUGUGCACACGACCAUCGCUGGCGUGUAUGGAUCGUGGUACUUUUGGAGCAAGUCUGCGGGUGGAAUGCCGAAAGGGUCGACUCGGGGAGCGUUCCGUCGCGCGACGACCUACUCGUUUGGCAGUAUCAGUUUGGGAAGUCUGAUUAUUGCGAUUAUUCAAAUGAUGCGCCAAGCAUGCUCUAUUGCACAGCGACAAGAGGCAGCCCAAGGCAACCUGAUUGGUAGUAUCGCCAUCUGGGUCUUGGGGUGCAUCAUUUCGCUCCUUGACUGGCUCGUCACACUUUUCAAUCGCUACGCCUUCUGCCACAUUGCGCUUUACGGCAAAGCCUACAUCCCUGCGGCCAAGGAUACAUGGAAGAUGAUGCGCGACCGUGGCAUUGAUGCUCUCGUUCAAGACUGUCUGAUUGGCCCAGUCUUGACCAUGGGUUCGGUCUUCGUUUCAUACGUGUCAGUGAUUAUGGCCUUUUCUUUUGUCAUUGGAUUGCAGGUCUGCCAGGUGUUCAUGACGCCCAUCGGCAGUGGUGUUGAGACCAUCUUCGUGGCCAUGGGCUGGGACCCGCAAGUCAUGAUCAACGACCACCCAGACAUUUACUACAAGCUUGUGCAGCUGUACCCACGUGUGCAACAGGCCAUCCACGCGUAG